UAGCAAGAGUUCAGUUUACUCACAACAAAAUCUAAACAUUCCAACACGCCUAGUUUUCUACAUAUACCCCUCUAGCUAUCCCUCACCAAGACUUCUACCCAAUUUAGCACUUGCUUCUAUACAUCUUGCUACAACAAUUUUCAGAAAUGGCCAUGGUUGCAGCGUUGGUGAAUGAAAGAUCGGUGGUUAUAUUCAGCAAAAGCUCUUGUUGCAUGUGUCACACCAUUAAGACAUUGAUAAGCAGUUUUGGAGCAAAUCCCACCAUUUAUGAGCUAGAUGAGCAUCCAAUGGGACAGCAAAUAGAGAAGGAACUCAAGGGAUUGGGGUGUAAACCAAGUGUACCAGUUGUGUACAUAGGGCAACAGCUGAUUGGGGGUGCCAACGAGAUAAUGACCCUUCAUGUUAAGGGUCAGCUGGUUCCAUUACUCCUCAGCUCUAAUGCUAUAUGGGUUUAGUGAAAUGCAUUCAAGAAUAUCAAGAUUUUACGUUAUAGAGGUAUAAUUACGUUAAUACAACUAUAGAAGCAGUUUGAUGCUUCUGCAGUUGUUAGAGCAGGAAAGGCAAGUUGUUUUUUGGCUAUCUUUUCAGCUGUUACGAGUCCAUGACAAUGUAUGCAUGUGCAAACUUCCCCAUGUAAUUUCCUACUUUUGAGAAGCAACAAGUGAUACCACGUUUUACCAAGUUGGUACUGUGGUUUGAA